AUGGUUAUUGAAGCACUCAAUAAUGGUGAAAUUGAAAGUGGACGGGGUCUUAAUCAAAAUACCACUUUGAAGCGUGCUAGUGAUAUACGUUGGGGCUCUCACUAUGAUACUUUAAUCAGCUUGAUUUCUAUGUUCUCAUCUGUUAUUGAUGUGCUUAAGAUAAUUACAGAUGAUGGAUCAUAUGUUGAACAGAGAUCUGAAGCAAAAAUUUUAUUGACACUCAUGCAGUCAUUCAGUUCUGUCUUUACUCUCCAUUUGAUGAGGGCUAUAUUGGGAGUUACAAAUGAAUUGUCAAAGGCGCUACAAAAGAAAAAUCAAGACAUUGUAAAUGAUAUGUCCUUGAUUAAAGUAUGCAAAAAAGAACUUCAAAUGAUGAGAGAGAAUGGUUGGGAUUCUUUACUCGAUCAAGUUUCUUCUUUUUGUGAAAAACAUGGUAUUGAAGUUCCUAACAUGAAUGAUACACUUGUAACUCCAGGGCGAUCACGACGUAAAGCUAAUGAAAUCACAAAUUUGCAUUACUAUCGUGUGCAAUUGUUUUAUGCUAUGUUGGACAUGCAACUUCAAGAGCUGAAUAGUCGUUUCAGUGAGUCAAACACUGAGUUGCUUAUUUGUAUAUCGUGUUUGUGUCCAGAUAAUUCAUUCGCUUCUUUUGACAAGGAAAAACUAAUCCGACUUGCUGAAUUUUAUCCGAGAGAUUUUGCUCCGUUAGACCUCCUGAAACUUGGUGAUCAACUAAACACUUAUAUUAUUGAUAUGUGCUCUAACAAGGAGUUUUCAAAUUUAAAAGGAAUUGGUGAUCUUGCUCGAAGAAUGGUUAAGACAAAAAGAGACAAGGCUUAUCCAUUAGUUUACUUGCUUUUGAAAUUGGCAUUGAUUUUGCCGGUUGCUACUGCCACAGUGGAGACGGCUUUUUCUGCCACGAAUAUUUUGAAAACUCAACUGCACAAUUGA